AUGGCAACCACGAUCAGCUCAACAAUCAAGCUAGCCAGCGGCUAUGAGAUUCCCCGUCUAGGCUUUGGUGUAUGUGGAUUCAUGAAAACUUGUUGGCAGAAGCGGACUAACAGGUGUCUCCAAGGUCUAUCAAACGUAACAACCCCGCCGAGCAUCUUUCUCUCAUGUUUGUUUCACGUCUUGAAGCCUAACUCAGUGAUAUUUAGCCCACCAGAAAAAACAAAGAAUUGUUGUCUCGAGGCCCUUAAAUGUGGCUACCGCCAUGUGAGUCGCUCCGUCAUGCAGCUUCCGAUCCUGCUCACGCAAACCCUCUUCACGCAUAUCGACUCUGCUGUAGCUUACCGCAAUGAGGCUAGCUGUGGCGAAGCCAUCCGGGACCCGGGUAUCUCGGGUCUCUUACGAGACCAGAUCUUUUUCACCUCCAAGGUCAUUGACAUUAGUUACGUUGGCGCGAAAACCACAGUCGACGAGACCCUCGCCAAAACCAAACUCGGCUAUAUCGACUUGAUGCUCCUCCACAAGCCGAUGGGCGGAUCAGAGAAUCGCAAGGGUGCCUGGAAAGCGUUGGUUGAGGCUGUAGAGGCCGGGAAGGUGCGCUCGAUCGGAGUCAGCAACUACGGCGUGCACCACCUCGAUGAGCUAGAACAGCACAUCGGCGAGCUGGAGGCCGAGCGCGGCGGGAAGGGCAAGGGAGGGAUCGUGAGUAUCAACCAAGUUGAACUGCACCCCUGGCUGGGCCGAAAGGACAUUGUCGACUGGUGCAUGACGCGGGGCAUCGCGCUGGAAGCAUACUGCCCUGUGGUGCGGGGAGAACGUUUUAAGGAGCCGGCGGUCCGAAAGCUAGCAGACAAGUACAGCAAGACGCCGGCGCAGAUUCUCAUUCGCUGGAGCUUGGACAAAGGGUUUAUCCCGCUGCCAAAGAGCGUUACGCCUUCGCGCAUUCGUGAAAACGGGGAGGUGUUCGAUUUCCAACUCACCCCUGAGGAGGUUCAGGAGCUAGAAACAGGCGAGUAUAGUCCUGUGGCUUGGGAUCCGACCGUAUCUAAACUGGAUGAUUGA